GCAAAACAUUAAUUUACAGAGGUGUUUAUCUAAAUAAAUAGUUAUUAUUCUCAGUAUAAACGUCCAUUACAACAGAAUGCGCAUUUCACAGAGGUAACGACAUCUAUAGACCUUCGAAAGAAAACGACUUACUGAUGAAUUCCGUCCGAUUUUGUCUAGUUUUGUUGAUAUUUUUACCUGGGGUUUCCUGUGCGUUUAAUCAUAAGGUAGUUCCAUCAUGCAGUGAGCAUGAAACCGUUUGCAGUUUUAAGUUUGAUGUACGGUACAAGUUUUCAAUGGUAUAUAAUGACGAAAAGGGAUACGCCAAACCUAUCGUAAUUCGAAAUGGGACAUUGCUGAAAAGAUCAUCACAUAACAAAGAGGAAUUUGAACUUCUGACUCCAAAGGAACUUGAGCAAGUGUUGACGGUAGAUGGAGUUUACAAACUUCUUUUCAGCAUUAAUGGAAAAUUUCCAGGCCCACCGAUUAUUGUUUAUGAAGGACAAACGAUAGAGGUCCUGGUGAGGAACCACCUCUCUAACGAGGUCUUCACUAUCCACUGGCACGGCAUGCACCAGAAACACACGCCUUGGAUGGACGGGGCUUCCAUGGUAUCUCAAUGUCCUAUCGGACCAGGUCAGAGCUUCAUGUAUAGAUUUAAGGCUGACCCAGCAGGUACCCACUGGUACCACGCCCAUCAGGGGUCAAUGAGGGGGGACGGGCUGGCAGGACCCCUGAUAGUCCUCCCACGCCAGGAACGGACGGAUCUACCCAGGGUAGAGGACGACUUCAUCAUUGUUAUACAGGAGUGGAACAGAAACAAAUCGUCACUCGAAAAUCACGAAAUCCAUGCAUGGAACAUGCAUUUGUACGCCGAUGACUUUAAUUGUACUGAGAGCUGUUAUAUCGUUACACAUACCACGGACGGAACCAGCAUGGGCAUGGAACCUUUCCAUUCCGGACUAAUUAAUGGAAAAGGUCAUCAUUAUCCGGAUAAAACGGAAAAACCUUUAGUUCCGGUACUUCCCCUUGAAAUAUUUAAAGUAAAACCAAACAAGAACUAUCGGUUUCGAAUCAUAAAUGCUGCCACGUUUGUCUCCUUCAGAUUGUCAAUAGACGAGCACUUGUUGCGUGUAAUUGCAACGGACGGACAUGACGUUGAACCGGAAGCUGCCCAAUCGGUUGUUAUCGCAAGUGGAGAGAGAUAUGAUCUUUUGGUUCAAACUAAAAUGAAUUCGAGGAAAAAUUUCUUUAUCCGCGCCGAAAGCAUGGAACUCAAAAGCAAAUAUCUGGACCCUAUUUACCCUGGAGUGGUGAAGGCUAUCUUUAGAUAUGAAGAUGCUCCAGAUAGUUUGCCUGACACAACUCGCCAGAAAUGUACCCGUGAAAACGCUUGUAAAGUUAUCAACUGUCCAAAUAAACUAUACCCGGAGGCAGAUCACGUGAAUUGUUUUUCCGUUGCGAAUUUACGAUCCACGCAGGAAAUCAUCAAUUUCUGUCCAGUCCCUGUGUCUCAAAAUGGAGAAAGAAUACGAGAGGACUUUCUAAACUUUCAUUUCACAGCAGCAAAUCCUGAAUCUCAGAACCCAGUGAUGAAAGCAACGAUCAAUGGACAUGUGUUCACCACCCCUACCUGUCCUCCACAGUCUACAUAUGGUCCCAAAGCAAGCUCAUGUCUCAAUGACUGUAACAAACAAAAGUGCUUGAAACAGCAAUGUAGCUGUACACAUUUUCUCAACUAUGACAACACUUCUUUGGGCUCCGCUGUACAGCUUGUUCUUCUCAGCAGAGAUGGAUUACGAGGAGCGACAGAUCACCCAAUCCACAUACACGGACACAGUUUUCAUGUUUUGAAAACUGUAUACCCUGAACUUGACCCCACAACAGGGUUAGUGACGAACUUUAGCAGAGACAUCGAAUGUGAAAGCGAGACCUGUUUAAAACCAAGCUGGAGUAAUAAAGAGUGGGCCGGUGGAAACCUUCCUGACCUGAAUUUGCAGAAUCCUCCACUUAAAGACACGGUGGUGGUGCCAAGAGGAGGCUAUGUGGUGCUUAGAUUUUAUCUGGAUAAUCCAGGAUAUUGGUUCCUUCAUUGCCAUAUGGAUGCCCACCAAAUGGAAGGUAUGACACUUAUAAUUAAGGAGGGACAACGAAUAUUCCACCCGAAACCUCCCAAAGGGUUUCCAUCUUGUGGAGACUUCACGUGGAGUCUUAAUGACUAUAAGGAUGUCAGAAUAGCUAUAUUAAGCAACGAAAACAACUCGACGGAUAGUAAUGAUACCCAGAAAUUGAGCAAUACGGAUUUACUGUGGGAAUUAACUACAGCUGUUUUAAUAACGUGUUCAUUUGGAGCUGUCCUUUUUCUGUUAUGCUUAGUCAAAUUCUACUUAAGUAAUUGUCUCAUAGAAUGGCGUGAUCAGGAGAGCCCAUACAGCCUGCUAAAACAGAACAAUAGAGCCAAACCCCAAUCAUAUGGCUCAUCUUGACAUAUAGUUCUGUAUUAAGACAGUAUUAUUAGAAAAAUAUAUCAUCAUUGUUCUUCAUGUAUUUCAUUUCAUUAAUAAUAAAAUUUAUAGAGCUA